CGGGACACGGGGUUCUGAUUCUAAACUCUCCUCGUACUGAUGGUGAGAGGUGCCCUGCAGUGAGGAACGGCAUGGCCGUGCUCAUUGGUGCUGUUACCCAGCUUUAUUGAACCCGGGCAAAACGAACGAGCGGUGCUUAUUGGAUGUAGCGCUAAAUAAGCAGGGACCUGUUUUGGAUUGUGCGUCUCUGGGGACUUUUUGGAGCCGAGUAGCUAUGGAGCCGAGACUCAUCUCUUGCUUCCUCCCUCUCAUCACCUUCCUCGGUGUAGGACAAAGCUCUGCUCUGACGCUGCCGGACAACAGACUACACCCGCAGUCCCUGGAGAAGAGUCCAUGGAGAGAAUUCCAGUGUCAGCACAUGCUCAAACAUCUGCACAAUGGUGCACGGGUCACAGUACAGAUGCCUCCAAACAUCGAGGGUCACUGGGUCUCUAUGGGGUGUGAAGUUCGAUCUGGCCCAGAAUUCAUCACAAGAUCCUACAGGUUUUACAACAAUAAUACAUUCAAAGCCUAUCAGUAUUAUUAUGGAAAUAAUCACUGUACAAACCCCACUUACACUUUGGUUACCCGUGGCAAGAUCCGCCUCAGGCAAGCUUCUUGGAUCAUCCGAGGUGGCACAGAGGCCGACUACCAAUUACAUAAUGUGCAGGUCAUUCCUCAUAGUGAAUCCGUGGCUGAAAAACUUACCUGGCUGGUAAACCACACAUGUCCUGGUUUUGUUCCUGGAGAUAUGCCUUGGGAACCUGGCAUCAGUUAUGAUUUAUGGAGAGAAGAAAGUGGCUUUAAAUGUACAAAGGCACUAAACUUUGCCAUGCAUGAACUACAGCUGAUCCGCGUAGAAAAGCAAUAUAUGCAUCACAAUUUAGACCAUUUAGUAGAGGAACUCUUUCUUGGAGACAUCCACACCGAUCCCACCCAGAGGAUGUACUACCGACCAUCCAGUUACCAACCACCUCUGCAAAAUGCCAAGAACCUCAAUCAAAACUGCGUUGCCUGCAGAACUAUCUUACAUUCCGACGAGUACCACCCACCAAUAUUACCUGCUAAAGCAGAUCUCCCUGUUGGACUGCAUGGGGAAUGGGUGAGCCAGAGGUGUGAAGUCCGGCCAGAAGUUCUGUUCCUCACCCGGCAUUUCAUCUUCAACGAUAGCAACCAUACUUGGGAAGGUUUCUACUAUCACUACUCAGAUCCAAUCUGCAAGCACCCUUCCUUCACCAUUUAUGCUAAAGGCCGGUACAGCAGAGGAGUGUACUCUUCUAAAGUCAUGGGAGGGACAGAAUUUGUGUUCAAAGUCAGUCAUAUGAAAGUGACCCCUAUGGAUUUUGCCACAGCUUCAUUAUUGAAUGUCUUUAAUGGAGAUGAAUGCGGGGCCGAAGGUUCCUGGAAAGUUGGCGUGGAGCAAGAUGUCACUCACACCAACGGUUGUGUGGCGCUGGGGAUCAAACUCCCUCACACAGAGUAUGAACUUUUCAGGAUGGAACAAGAUAAUCGAGGAAGGUAUUUACUUUAUAAUGGCCAAAGACCAAGUGAUGGCUCCAGCCCAGAUAGACCUGAGAAGAGAGCAACCUCUUACCAAGUGCCUCUAGUUCAAUGUACUUCCUCUUCUCUAAAUCCUGAGGGAGCCCACGACGGACAGCAGAAGUCCCAAAGUAGAAAUUCUGCAGCUGGACACAUUUUCCUUUAUUUGUUUUCCAAUAUCUUUCUCUUGUUUAUUUGUACUUUGCUACAUUUGGAAAUUCUCAGCUAAAAAUAUAAAGAGACUUUCAACUGUUAAAUAUGGAUACCGUUGGACCAAGGAUUAUUUUCUUCUUUGAAGAAGGGACAUUUGUUUACUUGAUGCACUUGGAUGCCUGAGAACUAUUACCCUCAUUGUCAUUCCAUUCCCUUGUUUCCUCCUCCACCUCUUCCCCUGGUCGUCUUUUAAAGCCUCGGCCAAUUUCUUUUGAAGUUUGGUCUUUGAACUUCACCCAGGCUGACCCGGCCAUAUGAGACUGCACAACAGUAAUUGCACUUUAGGACAGACAACUUCCUUGUAAUAUAUUGCUGGAGUGAAGAGUCGUUUACACACCAAUGAAGCCUGUUUAUUGUCUGUGCCACGUUGCUGUUGUGGAUUAUGUUCUAAAAUGUUGUUUCCCAAACAGUGUUGCUGAAAAUGCUAGGAUAUAUUUUGUACAAUAUUGUUGCUCUGUAUUUGAUUUUUAAAAUGUUGCCUGAGGGGGCCAGGGUAUACUUUUCAAAAAGUAAAUAAGUUUGUGUAAAAGCUGUAAAUAAUCUUUGUAAUAUAUAUAUACAGAAAUAUUGUGUCAGAUGCAUUGAUUUAUGAUUACCUUAUCAAUUUAGGCCAAAGAGAUUUUAAAUAUUGGAUAUAAAAACUUUAAGUGCAUUGGAAAUGUUGUUUUAGUCCAGAGGUUCAAAACUGGUUGUUUGGACCAAAAAUAAAUGACUGAAUUCUAUACAACUCAUUGGUUAUAUCAUUCAGUAACAAAAGUGAAACAGUCUAACAUGUUUAUAUAAAAAUAAAAAAGGGGCCUGCUGUUAUUUUUCUGAUCUUUAUGGAAUCUUUAGUGGUUUAAUUCAAAAGGAAAGUUCUAAACAAAAUAAAAACAAGAUAUUAAAGA